AUGAACAACACUAACCUCCUGUUUGAUGACAUGGAAGAGUGGAUCAUCGGGCGUGGAUGGAUGCAUUCUGUAAUCGUGCGCGUCACGUUUCCGUCCACCAAUAAAGUCAACGAGUCAGGUUGCCAGUCGAUCUAUCGGAUAGAGCGGCAUUUCGAAAAGGAGUACACACGGACGAAACUAGGUACACCCAAGGAGUGUGCGACUGAAAUUCGAACCAAAAGUCAUAACAUUUCAAAUGUGUACAAACACAAGCGUCUCAACAAGCAUCGCAUUGCCUCACACGUCCUCGCCUUCUUCACUACAUCCGACAGCGGCAUUGUCAAUGAAAACCUUAUUGAACAUUUCUCCAAUGAGGUCCAGGAACACGGUCUCAUGCCUGGUCUUACGUUCUCCAACGAGCUUAUCAGCUGUGACUACCUCAAGUAUCACCUGCACCCUGAAGUGACUGUCUUGCAGCAUGCAGAUUUUGCCAUAUGGCGCUGCAAUUUGAGUGUGACAAACUUCGAUCUUACGCAACCGAAACACUCAACUCAGUACACACACAGCCAGCAGUGA